AUGGCUCCAGGCGGCGGAGGAAACAUUAAGGUGGUGGUGCGAGUGCGGCCCUUCAAUAGCAGAGAAAUCGACCGCGGUGCAAAAUGUAUCGUCCAGAUGAAAGGCAACCAGACGGUGAUCAUACCACCGCCUGGUAUGGAGGAGAAAGCCUCAGGGCGAAAAGGUGGCAAGGGCGGCGCCGAAGGUCCCAAGACCUUCGCCUUUGACCGAUCAUACUGGUCCUUUGACAAAUCGGACGGUAACUAUGCAGGACAGGACAACCUCUUUGAUGACCUGGGUGAGCCACUUCUAGAGAAUGCCUUUGGUGGAUACAACAAUUGUAUUUUUGCCUACGGUCAGACCGGUUCUGGAAAGUCUUAUUCUAUGAUGGGAUAUGGAAAGGAGUAUGGUGUCAUUCCGCGUAUUUGCCAGUCGCUAUUCGAACGCAUCAACGGUAUACAGCAAGAUAAAAACCUCAAAUGCACCGUCGAGGUGUCCUACCUAGAGAUUUACAACGAACGUGUACGUGAUCUGCUCAACCCCUCGAACAAGGGCAACCUGAAGGUUCGAGAACAUCCCUCGACCGGUCCAUAUGUGGAGGAUUUGGCCAAAUUAGUGGUCAGUUCCUUUGACGAGAUUGAUAAUUUGAUGGACGAGGGUAACAAGGCGAGAACCGUUGCCGCGACCAACAUGAACGAAACCUCCAGUCGAUCCCACGCGGUAUUCACACUCACACUCACCCAAAAACGCCAUGAUGCGGAAACGUCAAUGGAUACAGAGAAAGUGUCGAAGAUCAGUUUGGUCGAUUUGGCUGGUUCCGAGCGAGCCAAUUCCACCGGCGCCACUGGUGCACGACUGAAGGAAGGUGCUGAGAUCAACAGAUCUCUCUCAACGCUGGGUCGUGUUAUUGCUGCUCUGGCUGAUGUCGCAGUUGGAAAGAAGAAGAACGCGUCGAUGGUUCCAUAUCGUGAUUCCAUCCUAACGUGGCUCUUGAAAGAUUCUCUAGGAGGUAAUUCCAUGACCUCCAUGAUUGCCGCCAUCUCUCCUGCGGAUAUCAACUUUGACGAAACUCUGGGCACCCUACGAUAUGCAGACUCCGCGAAGAGAAUCAAGAACCAUGCAGUUGUGAACGAAGAUCCAAAUGCUCGCAUGAUCCGCGAGUUGAAGGAGGAACUGGCACAGCUACGCUCGAAACUCGGUGGUAGUGCUGUAGCAGGUGGUGCGGCACCGGCUGAAGAAUACUACCCUCCGGACACACCACUAGAAAAACAGAUGGUUUCAAUUCAACAGGCUGAUGGUUCCAUCACGAAAGUCAGCAAGGCCGAGAUUGUGGAGCAGCUGAACCAAAGUGAGAAGCUGUAUAAGGAUCUUAACCAGACGUGGGAGGAGAAGCUACUGAAGACGGAAGAAAUUCACAAGGAGCGUGAAACAGCAUUGGAAGAACUUGGUAUCAAUAUCGAGAAGGGCUUCGUCGGCCUGAGCACUCCGAAGAAGAUGCCUCACUUGGUCAAUCUGAGCGACGAUCCCUUGCUGGCGGAGUGUUUGGUCUAUAACAUCAAACCAGGUACUACGACCGUGGGACAUACAGACCAAGGGAGUGAUAUUGAGAUUAGACUGAACGGAUCUAAAAUUCUUUCACCGCAUUGUACUUUCGAAAAUGUGGACAAUGUUGUGACCAUCGUCCCCACUGAGGGUGCUGCAGUGAUGGUGAAUGGUCUACGAAUUGACAAACCCAAACGACUCAGGAGUGGAUUUCGUAUUAUUCUUGGUGACUUCCAUAUUUUCCGUUUCAAUCACCCCAUGGAGGCUCGCGCUGAGCGCGUGGAACAGAGCUUACUUAGACAUUCCGUCACAACAAGUCAACUUGGUUCUCCCGCCCCAAACAAACACGAUCGAAAUUUGAGCAAGACAGCAUCUGAUAUUGAUGAAGAUUCAAGCAGAGCAGAUUCACCAAUGCCUUCACAGCGCGGACGUGAAUCUGAUUGGUUUCUUGCUCGAAGAGAGGCUGUCAGUGCGAUUAUCGGCCCGGAUCAUAUUUCAAAUUUGCCUGACGAAGAACUUGAUGCUCUCUUUGAGGAUGUCCAAAAAGCACUCGCAGUGCGCCGCGGAGUGGCAGAAAAUGAGGAAGACUCGGACUCUCUCAGCUCCUUCCCUGUCCGCGAAAAGUACAUGUCAAAUGGAACCCUCGACAACUUCUCUUUAGAUACAGCUAUCACGAUGCCUGGCACGCCUUUACGUGAUGACGAUGGGGGAAAUAAAUUGAACGCUGUUCAGCAGGAUAUGCAGCGCCAGCUGGAUCGACAACGGGAAGACUUCCAAGACAAGCUCAAGAUUACGGAGACUUUCUCUAGCUCGGAUCCAAAUGAGAUUGGAACGGAAAAGCAACGCAUAGAGAUUGCGCUCCGGUCUGCUAAGGAGGCGUUUGAAGAGCAAUUGAAGAAGCAAAAGGACGAAUUCGAGUCUCAGAUGCGUGACAUGGGCAGGCCGAUCCCUCAAAUAUACGAGAAUGGAUUUGCCAAACUGAAUGAUCACGAGCUAGAGAUUGCUCGGACCAUCUUCAGUCAUUGGUCCCAACGAAGCUACGUUCGUAUGGCUGAGAAGAUUCUUCAGCAUGCAUCCCUACUCAAGGAAGCACAAGUCAUGAGCCAGAUCAUGGACAAGAAUGUCACCUUCCAAUUCGCUAUCGUGGAUAAUGGCCAUAACAUGGCGUCUUCGUACGAUCUUGUCUUGAAUGGAAUCUCGGGAGACGAGGACAUUGUGCUUGAGGAAGCCAAGAAACCUUGUGUCGGGGUUCGAGUGAUUGACUACAAGCAAUCUGUGAUCCAUCUUUGGUCGAUUGAGAAGCUUCAGCGUCGCGUCCAUUCCAUGCGUCAGCUGCACCAAUAUAUCGAUCGACCUGAUUACAUUCAGCACUUCAAACUUGAAAAUCCCUUCUCGGAACCUUGUUCGCCGCAGUACUCUCUCAUCGGAGAUGCUGAUAUCCCAUUGACUGCGGUAUUUGAGACGCGCGUGCAGGACUUUUCAGUUGAGAUCAUUUCGCCAUACGCACAAAGCGUUGUUGGUAUUGUGCGGUUGUCUCUAGAGCCGUCAUCUGCACAGGCUCCAUCAUCAACCCUAAAGUUCAACGUGGUCAUGCGGGACAUGGUCGGGUUUGCCGAGUGGGAAGGCUCUAACGUUCACGCCCAGCUAUUUAUCCCCGGAAUCUCCGAGGAGGGAGGUGCAACUACGACACAGAUGAUCAGUGGCUUUGAAGAGGGUCCCGUGCGAUUUGAAAGUGUCCACAGCAUGAGCCUUCCGCUUUCAAGUCCCCGGACGGCAUCGCUCAAGGUCUGUGUUUACGCCCGAGUCACGUCAGUUCACAUGGACAAACUGUUGAGCUGGGAUGACAUGUGCGAUUCCGUGGAGAUCGCGCCUAAAAAAAGAACCGCACCCCGAAUUGCAGAAUCUGAAUUUUAUUCGCAGGAAAGGCACGAUGUCUUUGCUCGCAUUCAAAUUCUGGAGCUUGCUGAGUCUGGUGAAUACCUUCCGGUCGAAGUCAUUCAAAGUAGUAGUCUUGACGCGGGCACUUAUCAACUUCACCAAGGUCUGCAGCGUCGUAUCUCGAUCAAUAUCACCUAUAGUUCUACUGAGACUCUGCCAUGGGAUGAUAUCACGAAUGCUCGCGUCGGAUCCAUACGACUGCUUGAUCCAUGGGGCAAGAUCCCAGAUCAAGAUUACCAAAUCCCCGAUGUUCCUCUUAAGUUUGUUCAAGAACCCACGGUCAAGGAGAAUGCCGAUGGAACUUCUAAUGUCAACAUCGUCGGGCAGUGGGAUUCGAGUUUGCACGGCUCUCUGCUCCUCGAUCGGGUGACGGCUGAAAAGUACAAGGUGCAGGUGACUGUUCGCUGGGACCUCGUCUCCUCCCGCCUUCAGGCUCCUGUUGUGUUUGAAGUCGAUCAAACGAUUUCGAUCCUUGGCCGUAACUACGUUCGCCAACAGUCGAUGUUCAAGCAGUUCUGGAGCUCGACCCGAAUCGUGCACUCUACUACAUGUCUGUACUCGUUGGUCAUCCGUCCUAUUUCAGCUAAGCGUGCGUCAGAUCUCUGGCGGAUGAACACACAGAACGACUACGUCAAAGGCGAGGAGCUACUGACAGCAUGGGCCCCUCGAAAAGUGUCGCUUGUUCGAGAUUAUAUCACAGCCCGUAAGCGUCGAUGUCGUGCGGCCGAGCUGCACGCUGCACGAGGAGCUCUCAGUGCUGGUAGCCUCACAGCAACUCCUACUCGUAGCAGUGCCCGAUCGACACCAAUGCGCAACCAAGACCUCAAUGAACGCAAAACAAAACUUCUGCAGAAGUACCUUGCUCUCUGGCCGACUAAGAACGACCCGACAGAAGCAAUUCUAGUCAAUGGCAACACCGAACCUCCAGCCGACGGCGCCGUCUUCGCCUCCAAGCUCAACGGUGCAGACGCUAAGAUGUCACUAAAGCCUCGCUUCGUGGCAACCAUCCAAACCCUUCCCAAGAACCCCUCCGCCUUGAAAACAGGCUACGUUCUUACACCCGACGACACCAACAGCGUCUGGGUCCGCCGGUUCGUGGAGCUCCGCCGGCCGUAUCUCCACAUCUACUCGGUCCCUGAAGGAGAUGAGAUUAACGCCAUCAACCUACGAACAGCUCGUGUCGACCAUGCGCCUGACUUUGCCCGCCUCCUAGUCGGAUCUGGCGCUGGUUCUGAUAAUUCCCUCUCUACAAAAGGACGACCAAAUAUCUUCGCCGUCUACGGCACCCAGAAUACAUUCCUCUUCGCCACACGAACCGAGGCUCAAAAGGUAGAAUGGAUCCUUAAGAUCGACGAGAGCUACUUCAGCAACAACGCUCCUAAUUCAAGUCAAGCCGAUCAACGUUGA